AUGGACCAGGGCGACGUCGCCGUGGCCGUGCCCCCCGCCGCCCCCUCCUCCUCCUGCGGCGGCGCCGGCUGCAAGAAGGGCAAGCGCUUCGAGAUCAAAAAGUGGAACGCCGUCGCGCUCUGGGCCUGGGAUAUUGUGGUAGACAACUGCGCCAUCUGCCGUAACCACAUCAUGGACCUCUGCAUCGAGUGCCAGGCGAACCAGGCCAGCGCCACCAGCGAGGAGUGCACCGUCGCUUGGGGAGUUUGCAACCAUGCAUUCCACUUCCACUGCAUCAGCCGUUGGCUCAAGACCCGUCAAGUGUGCCCUCUAGACAACAGCGAGUGGGAGUUCCAGAAGUAUGGUCACUAA